AUGUCCCAUGACGACCAUGAUGCAGACUAUGCGGCGACAUCGCCGAACCUAACGAAGGGCGCAGAGGAAUGCAGCAUACUUGGACCACACCCCACCUUUCAAUUUUCGUAUUUGUGUUCCUUGCUCAUCUUGCUCUGCAAGUCUGGGCUGGACUCCAAGCAUCUCGUCCAGGUGCUCUUUCAGAUCUUUAUGGCGUGGUCGGAGCCUCUGAAGUUCUUGGACGGUCGGCGGCUGACACUUGAGUGGAGGCUUCCCUCAUUGCUUCUGGCACUUUACGUGCCGAUCGCAGAUGCUGCCCCUGAGGUCAACAGGCAUCUGCAUGGAAUUGUUGAGGUGGUCGGUGCGACAGCGAACCACUCCCUCUUCCUUGCAAUCCACGAGUUGGCUCACAACCUCGGGGCUACCACGACUUGGGGGAACAAGCUUAUAUCGCUUUUGGCCAACUUGCCAAUAGCCAUCCCAUACGCCAUCAACUUCAAGCCGUGGCGGCCUCGGCACCACCGAUACCAGGGCCAGGACGGAGUGGACACAGACGUCCCAACCCGCUUGGAAGGGUGGUUUUUGACCGACACCUCUACCUGCUACCUGGACCGCACCUGCCGCAAGGCUGUGUUCAUGUUCUUGCAGAUCUUCUUCUAUGCGCUUCGACCGACCUUCGUAAAGCCAUCUCUUGUUGCAGCCGACGCUUGGAUGAUUGUAAAUUACAUCGUGCAGUUUUCGUUCGACGGCUUGAUGGUGUACCUGUUCGGUCCGAAGGUCAUGGUCUGGUUUCUAGGAUCCUCUUUCCUUGCCGGAUCGAUUCAUCCGACAGCCGGCCAUUUCAUUGCCGAGCACUACGUGAUGGAUGGUUUCACGGAGACGUAUUCCUACUACGGGCCCUUGAACCUGUUGACUUACAAUGUUGGCUACCACAACGAGCACCACGACUUCCCGAACGUGGCGUGGGGCAACCUCCCAAAGGUACGAGACAUGGCCCCAGAAUUUUACGACGAUUUACCCAGAUGCAAUUCUUGGUUCGGCACGCUGCUCAGAUACAUCUUUGAUGACACCAUCUCACCGUACAGUCGUGUCAAAAGAAGUGCCAAAAAGAAAGCGCCAGCGACUCAAUUGCCGAUGCUCUUCGGUAGCAGGCUUGCAAGAUGGCCGAAGUUGAAACCCAUUGACAAGUGA